AUGUCCAAGGUACCACGAAGGAUGUCGAAGGACAUCAUGGGACAUCAAGAAACAUCGAGUGACUUUGAAUGUAUGAAUGUAUAUAAUGUAUGUAAUGUAUUUAUAAUUCGCAACUGUAUGUACAAUUGUACCAUUAUUGUGUAACACUAUCGAUCUUAUGGUCUUACAUUAUUCUACGCAAUGCGGGGUUCAUGGUAAACACCAUUUUUUUGUAUACAGAUAUCAUUUAAUAUUAUGUAUAGGACAUAUGGUUAACAAUAAGAUCUGCUGUAUGGAUAACGUCAGAGUUUAACGGCUGGUUGGGUGAGUAAGUGACACGAGUGCCAUGAAGAAUAUUAUAUCUGGGAGAAUGUUUUGAAUUGCAUAUCUUCAGCACAGGGGAAGUAUAAAUACGUAUACCUGAUUUAUGCCUUCAUAUUCCGAUAGAAAUGAAAUUUGAAGGUUGUGAGAAGUGAAACUGCAAAGAAAUAAAAUCUUGACUUGUAGAAUUUUCUGUUUAGAAAGUAGAUCCCUCAAUUUUGCGAAAUCUAUUAUAUAUAUGAUAUAAGAACAAGCAAUUGACAUUAGGCCCCAUGCAAACAACCGAUUUACUGCAAAUCAUCGCAAUAGCGAUUCUUUUGAAAGAACAGAGAUAUAAUAUUCUCUUAUCUUUCUUUUUAGUUUGCUUUUCUGUUCUUCCAAAGCACUGCCGUUUUUAAUCCCUCAUCCACGCACCAGUCUAAUUCGAGCGUCUAGAUUAAACAAAGGCAUACAUAAAUGCAACUCUCAAAAAGUUCCACUAUAUCUAUAUAUGUGUAUUCAUCUCCUGUCAAUAAUGCCGAUCGGUAACAUUGUCACCAUAAAUCCUGACAUUUUGUUGUCUAAUUCUAAUGAUCACAGUUUAAUAGAAUGGCGAGCUUCCAAGUUUCGCAGUCAGUGUGCCAAAUUGAGGUUCGAGCAUUUAGAGACGAAUAGUCUAACGCUACCCCCAACGACACAGUGGGGUUCUGCAGAACCGCUAAGUCGGAUUACCAAGGAAGCUAGACUACGAGAAUCUCACCUCAUCCUUUCGGACGUGGCAGUUCCCGAUUCGGCACACUGGCUACAAAACUUGGAGACCCAGUUCUAG